AUGCAAGACGUUGCGUCUUCUCCAUCAUUAAAUGAGAAUAUUAGCCGGAAUUCACAUAUCGAAGAAAUCGAUUAUGAAAUACGAUCAAACUCAACAACGGCACAAACAAAGCAAAAACAACAACAACAAGUUCAGCUUAAACUGCCUUCGUUACGACCCGAUGCUACCAUUAAUUUGAAAACAACACAACGAAAUUCGAAACCAUACAACUAUGAACCUCCAGUAUCCGAUCGUGAAAGUUGGUGGCGUACUACAAUUAAGGAUACACCUAUUCCUGGUACAUACAAUACACAUUUGAACACAUUCAUCAAAGAAAUAGUGGCUCGUCCAAUGACAUACGGUUUUAAAAGCGAUGGACGACGACGUGAUCCACAACCAUUAGAACCUAAAGGAAAAGACUUAUUACCUGGAGCAUAUUCAGUAGAAGACUUUGUAGAACGAAUGAAUCAACUUCGACUUUCAUAUGGUUUCAAAGGUCCUGAACGAGAAGGUCUGUUGAAACAAACAAUGGCAGUUAAUCAAGAUAAGGAUAUUGAUGUACCCCCAGGACUAUAUGAAACACAAAAAUAUCACACGAUUAAUGUUCCUGUUCAAUCAGCCAGUUUUUUUAAAUCAAAAACUACACGAAAACUAUUCCUUCCAAAAGUUGGUCCAGCACCUAGUGAUUAUGAACCUAAAACUAAUAUAAUCAAUGCACAUAGUCCAACAAUAACAUCUUCAUUUAGAAGUUGUACUGAUCGAUUUCACAGAAAACUUUCAAAGGUACCUGGUCCAGGAACUUAUGAUAAAUUGACGAUUGUGCCUACACCGAAACAGAUCAAUACAUUAUCAAUGCGUGGAGUCUUUUUGAAUGCUAAUUAUGCACAUAAAGCUUCAACUACUGUUUAA